CAAGAAGCUCAAGCUGAUAUAUAUUUUUUUUAUGGUCUUUUAAACCUUGCGGUAGCGCCGCCGUAGCCAUGGCGGUGCUCUUCCAUUACGGCGGCUGCUUCUUUUCAAUAAAUGGCCGCGGCGGAGUUUCGAGAGUGAGGCGAAGGGCAGUAGCGGCAGCUAAUUCCGAGGAGUACGGCAAAUUGGAAGAGAAAGUGAAGUUGGGGGGCUCUGAAGUGAAGGUCAGUAGGCUUGGAAUUGGAGCUUGGUCUUGGGGAGAUAACAUCUACUGGAAUUGGAAUAAUUGCUUUCAAUGGGAUGGUGUGGCAUCAGAUAGGAAGCUGAAGGCUGCUAAAGCUGCAUUUAAUGCUAGUAUUGACCAUGGCAUUACCUUCAUUGAUACUGCUGAAAUUUAUGGCGCCCCAUACACAUUAGGUGCUAUAAAUUCAGAAACUCUUGUAGGAAGAUUCAUUAAGGAAAAGAAGGGUAAGGAUCCUGGAUUUGAGGUUACAGUUGCUACCAAAUUUGCUGUCUUGCCGUGGAGGCUCGGUCGUCAGAGCGUCAUAAGUGUUCUCAAGGAUUCGCUCUAUCGUCUCGGUCUCGAAUCAGUUGACCUGUAUCAACUUCAUUGGCCUGGAAUAUGGGGAAAUGAAGAGUAUAUUGAUGGUCUUGGAGAUGCUGUUGAGCAGGGACUUGUGAAGGCUGUUGGUGUUUCAAAUUACAAUGAGAAGCGACUUCGAGAUGCUUAUGAGAAACUCAAGAAAAGAGGUAUUCCACUAGCUUCAAACCAAGUGAAUUACAGCCUCAUAUAUAGAGCACCAGAAGAAAACGGUGUGAAGGACGCUUGUGAUGAACUUGGAGUCACCUUAAUUGCUUAUGCACCUUUAGCUCAAGGCGUUCUAACGGGAAAGUAUACAGCAACAAAUCCUCCAAUUGGCCCUCGAUCCCUAAUUUACUCUUCAGAGUUUGUAACAAAGCUUCAACCUUUGUUGAAUCGGAUAAGAGACAUAGGAGAGAAGUACAAUAAAUCCCCCACGCAAAUGUAAGUUGGAGCGUGAAUCAGAAUGAGAGAAAGAAUCGAGAGUGAGACCAAGAAACGAGAGGAAGAAGCGAGAGGAAGAAGCAAAAGGAAGAAUUCAAAAGAAGGGGAAAAGAAUCAAGAAAAAAAUGAAGGAGAGCAACGUGAAUUGAGGAACGAGAUGAAGGAGUGAGAGAAACGAGAUGAAGGAAUAAAAGAAACGAGUGAAGGAACGAGUGGAAAGAGCGAGAAAUUAGGGUUGCGUCUGGUCUCAUUUUGGGGUUAAAACAGUACUUUCACACGCGGCUAACGUAAGCAGAAAUCCAAAUUUCGAGCAUUUUUUAAAGUGAGGCCAAAUUUCGAGUGAUCCCCUAAAUAGGGACCAUCCAUACAAUUUUUUCAUGUUAGACAUUAGUUGUACAAAACCAAAAUAGGACUAACAUUUGGUAGACAUGCAUCAAACAUUUCUUACAUAUACUAAGUCAAUACAUAUAUGACAAAAAUAAUAUAAUUUGAGAGUGAAA